CGCAGAGGAGCGGGAUCUCCUGGAUGGACGCUGGACACGAGGGUCUCCCAAGAAGAGUUUUUCCUCCGCAAAGCCUCAGGACGCAAAGAUGGACUUGGCGUACAUCUGCGAAUGGGAGAAGCGUCCCAAGAGCAACCACUGCCCCUCCAUCCCGCUGGUCUGCGCCUGGUCUUGCCGCAACCUCAUCGCUUUUACCACGGACCUCAAAAACGAGGAGGAAAAAGACCUCACCCACAUGAUCCACAUGAUUGACACGGAACAUCCGUGGGAUGUCUAUUCCAUUAAUUCCGGACAUGUGGAGAUGAUCACCUGCUUGGAGUGGGACCAAUCAGGGUCCAGGCUUCUGUCUGCAGAUGCAGAUGGCCAGAUCAAAUGCUGGAGCAUGACAGACCACCUGGCCAACAGCUGGGAGAGCACCAUGGGCUGCAGUGUGGAAGGGGACCCUAUCGUGGCUCUCUCGUGGCUGCACAAUGGGGUGAAAUUGGCGUUGCAUGUGGAGAAGUCUGGAGCUUCGAAUUUCGGGGAGAAGUUUUCCCGGGUCAAGUUCUCCCCGUCGCUGACCCUGUUUGGUGGGAAGCCCAUGGAAGGCUGGAUCGCCGUCACCAUCAGCGGCUUGGUCACCGUCUCGCUCCUGAAGCCGAACGGGCAGGUCCUGACCUCCACGGAGAGCCUGUGCCGCCUACGUUGCCGGGUGGCCCUGGCCGACAUCGCCUUCACGGGCGGGGGCAACAUCGUGGUCGCCACCUCGGACGGCAGCAACGCCUCCCCGGUCCAGUUCUACAAGGUCUGCGUCAGCGUGGUCAACGAGAAGUGUAAGAUCGACACGGAGAUCCUCCCCUCCCUCUUCAUGCGCUGCACCACGGAUCCGGCCCGGAAGGACAAGUACCCGGCGAUCACCCACUUGAAAUUCUUUGCCCGGGACAUGUCGGAACAGAUUCUGCUCUGCGCCUCCAACCAAAACAACAGCAUCGUGGAGUACUGGUCGCUGCGCAAGGAGGGCCUCCCGGUCAACAACAUCUUCCAAAAGCUCUCGCCCACAGUGGGGGACAAGCCGCCGAUGAUUCUGAAGUGGCGGAUCCUCUCGGCCACCAACGACUUGGACCGGGUAUCCGCCGUGGCCUUGCCCAAGCUGCCCAUCUCCUUGACCAACACGGACUUGAAAGUGGCGAGCGACACCAAGUUCUUCCCUGGGUUGGGACUCGCUCUCGCUUUCCACGAUGGCAGUGUUCACAUCAUCCACCGCCUCACAUUGCAGACCAUGGCGGUUUCCUACGGCACUCAGCGCCCAGUUGAUGAGCAGGCCAUCAAGAGGCAGCGGACAGCCGGUCCCUCCGUCCACUUCAAAGCCGUGCAGAUGUCCUGGACAUCGCUGGCACUGGUUGGGAUCGACAGCCACGGCAAGCUGAGCAUGCUCCGGAUCUCCCCCUCCAUGGGCCACGUCCUGGAUAUGAACAUGUCUCUCCGCCACUUACUCUUCUUGCUGGAGUACUGCAUGGUCACCGGCUACGACUGGUGGGACAUCUUGCUUCACGUCCAGCCCGGGAUGGUCCAGAACCUGGUAGAGAAACUGCACGAGGAAUACAUGCGCCAGAACGCAGCCCUGCAGCAGGUGCUCUCCACGCGCAUCAUCGCCAUGAAGGCCUCCUUGUGCAAGCUGUCCUCCGCCACGGUGGCCCGCGUGUGCGACUACCACGCCAAGCUCUUCCUGAUCGCCAUCAGCUGCACCUUGAAGUCGCUCCUCCGCCCCCCGGUCCUGAACACCCCCGACAAGAGCCCCGGGGACCGGCUCACCGAGAUCUGCUCCAAAAUCACCGAUGUUGAUAUCGACAAGGUGAUGAUUAACCUGAAGACAGAGGAGUUUGUCCUGGAAAUGACCACUCUGCAGUCGCUCCAGCAGUUGAUCCAGUGGGUGGGCGACUUUGUCCUCUACCUCCUCGCCAGUCUGCCGAAUCAGUUGCCCAUCGUGGCCUCCUCCAUUGUGACCCUCUAUUUUCUGGAGCUAACCGACCUCUUCAAGCCUGCCAAGGUGGGCUUCCAGUGCUACGACCGAGCGCUCUCCAUGCCCUACGUGGAGACCAACGAGGAGAUGAUCCCGCUGCUCAUGCUUCUCAGCCUGGCAUUCGCAGCUCCCGCGGCAUCCGUGAGCCGCGACGAGAACCACCCCAGCGAGCCGGACGAUGCCCUGAUCGACGAGUGCUGCCUGCUGCCCAGCCAGCUGCUGAUCCCCAGCAUCGGCUGGCUGCCCGCCAACGACUCCAUCAUCAGCAAGCUGCAGAACAAGCAGCCCCUCCGCCUGCAGUUCGGGAAGCCCCCGGGGCUGGCGGGCCACUCCGCGUUGCUGCAGUACGACGCCUUCGCCAGGGCACCCGGGCAGCCCAAAAUCGACCAUUUGCGCCGGCUUCACCUUGGGGCAUACCCGACUGAGGAAUGUAAAUCCUGUACCAGGUGUGGCUGCGUCACGAUGCUCAAGUCCCCGAACAAGGCGACGGCCGUGAAGCAGUGGGAGCAGCGGUGGAUCAAGAACUGCCUCUGCGGCGGCCUGUGGAGGAAGAUGCCGCUCAGCUACUCGUGAUGGCGCCCCCUGUGGGGAGGGAGGAAGGACUGCACAGAGGGAUGCCCUCCGAGGAGGAGGAAGCAGGAAACCCUCCACCAUCCCGGGGUGUCACAAGGAGACGGUCCCGAGCCUGGAACUUUGGGGGGGGGGGGAGUGAAAGAAAGGCAAAGAAUUUGGAAGACUGGGCUCGAUUGGACUCUCUUGCGGCUUCCUUGGAGGGGGGUGGAUUUAGGCAAGAAGCCAGCGAAGAGGAUGUACGGAGGCACAUUUGCGGGCCGUUCUCGCCACGCUCGGUGGGCUCCGAGGAAGGUGUGGACCGGGCACCUCGUCGGGGACCCCUCUCACCACAGAGGGGCGAACUUUACCCCACCCGCCCUCUGUACCAUGACCAUGCCCCUCUGUCUGAAAACAGCUGCUCUCCAACACUGGCAAUUCUGGGCUGAGUCAGCCUCCAUCUGCACAUUUCUCCCCUCUCCACUGUAAAAGAGAGAGAGAGAGAAACAGCCUCUCCGCCUAUGGGAAAGUAGCACACCAGAAAGGGGGCGGAGCUUAAAAUCUCUUUUUCCCUGGCAUGCUGCCUUUCUACAUGCAGGGGUGCCCUCUCCGUUUCCGUCACGGCUCUUCGCUCCGGUGUGCGGUGAUACGCCUCUAUGGGGUUUCUUCCCCUGCCUCCUAAGUCCAAGGGAAGUUCUGCCCAGUAGAGCGGCACGCACCAGAGCUCACUGCAGAACUCCUGUAUGUUCCCCAGAUGUUCCCUGAGUGUGAUCCUUCUCCUCCUGACCCCGUCGCGUUUUCAGUGGCUUCAGCGUGGCUGUUCCACCACCGUGGGUGCCGUGUCCUUCGAGCCCGCCCCCCGUGUUUGUGCAUGGCCCCUGGAAAGCAGGAUGUUGACAGGAAAGAGGCAAAAAUCCUUGUAGCGGAGAAGAAGAGGAAGGGGUGGUGGGACAGCAUUAGGUUGCCGGUUGCUUGUUUGUUUUUGUAAA